GCCUUUUCAAUGUAGUUCUUUGCUUUGCUUUGGUAUAGAAAAUGACAUCACCAAACAUACCGCGGUCGUAUUUUUAGCCGCUCACCAACUCUCCAUUCAUAUGUUAAUUCCCAAUCUUCACCUCUUGCCCUUGUGAUGUCAUUCAACUUUCAAAUUAGUCGAAAGCUCUAAAGAGAGAACACACGAACAAGCGCGGGCUUUGUAAGAGUGAUCCGGAAAUUCAGCGAUAAUGAUAGCUAAACUUUUCCUCUUCUGGAUAUCCCUGACAAGACUGUCAUUCGAGCAGCUCUGUACAUAUUUUGAUUUAUACGACGCGGUACAUCUUCUGUUUUUAGGAGUCAUCGGCAUUUGCUUGAGAAUCGUUCAGCGCGGGUCAUGGAGCGUUAACAGAAAGGUCCGAUCAAGUCUUCGAUCGCCCACUACUUCUGGAAAAAAACGUGGUUCCGUCUCUUUUGCUGCCGGAACUAAAUUUUAUCCCAUUCAAAGCCAUUCUACUCCGGUAGGUGAAAGGUUUUUUUUAUAAUUGUAUGCUAGCGGGAAAACUGUUUACUGUAGGAGACAUCUUUAUGACCUCGAGGCAUCAACUUUCAUCGAUAGCCUUCAAAGUAUUGCUCUGCGGACAAUUUGUACACAACGCAGCUGGACUGAUAUUGAAUGUACUCAAUAUAACCCGAGGCUCUGUGGUAAGGCUUUGUAAACAGUUUUCCUCUUUUCUGUUUUGCAGCUAAACUGGACGAUAUUACGGAACGUGGGCCCCUUGUCAACCAUGUCAGAAACUUGGAAAGCUCAGCGAUCUUCCUUGAAAAUCUCUCUGACCACAGAUGAUGGAGAAGAAGUGACGGAGGGAGACAGGUACGUUAUGUUUUGUUAUUAUUUUUUCGUGUUAAUCUUACCCAGCCCUUGGUUUUUAUAAUGAGGCUUCUAUACCUGUGAAACUGAUGAUUUCAGCUUUGUAGUUGUAACGUGAAUUAAUCCCCUGCAGUUUUAAAACGAGCAAUUUUUCGAAUGUUCGAAGUUGCUGUUGAUUCGAAUCCAGCUGUAUUUUUCUUCUUUUUUUUUACAUUAAUUUUCUUUUGCACAAAGCUGCACGGAUAAUUGCCCCAAGCUUAUGAGCAGACUGUGGGUUUAUUUACAUACUGUCAAAGAUGGUUCUGAUAUUUUUUUUGCAUAUGUUUUACUAGUUUAUCAUUUCCAAGUAGUACCUUUGGCAAAGCGGGAAAUUUUUUCGGGAGGCCGGUUUCUUUCAUUGAUGAAAUUAAAUUCCUCGCUCGCGUUGGGCGUUCGUGUAUUUUGUGAACAAAGGACAUGUCAAGAAUUAAAUGAAGCUACGAAUACAGUCCGUUUAUUGUCUGCAAGCUAUGUUAUAGACGAUUGAUCGUGCGAGUGUUUAAUUCAAACGCAUUUUACGGCCGAUUUAUUUUCAAUUGAAAGAGAUUGAGACGCCGAUCGGGUAUAACUUGUAAGUUUUCUGAGGAAAAUUUUAAUAUUUUGCGAUUUUUCUCUGUUAUUGUGUAUUUUUGAACGGGAAAUUGACUCAUUUGCCGUCCUUACACGUUUGACAGAACUUGGUUUCCCAAUGAACAGCUGUUUCGGCUGUAAAGGGUUCCUCGACAUCUUGUUUCGUGUUCUUCCGUUAUCGCUCGAUGAAAGAUUUUUUGGAAGGACUGUUCGAUGCCUUUGUUAAUGUGUGUUAAAAUUAUAAAAACAAUUCUUGUGACCUCUGUAGUCAAAACAUAGUGAUUUCGCUUCAGGACGAGUACCAAUGCCGGUUGUUGUUUGAAGUAAUUUUGAUAAUGUGAACCGUGCAAAUGGCUUCAUUUUCUUCCCAUCUUGCUUUACGCGAGCCCAGUAUUCUUAUAAUUAAUCUAAAAAUGGCUAUUUCGAGUUCUUGGGUAAUACAGUGGCUGAGCUUUAAAUUUGGGCAACAUUAAAGCAUGCAUGCAUAUAGAAAUUGUGAACGUUUUAAACCGGAUAAUGUCCGGUGAAAAAUUAAUAGCCGAUCAAAAUUUAGUGAAAAAUUCUAACGAACGAACAGUUUACAAAUGUAUGACUUAAUUUUAUUAGUAAAAUUUAGGAGUAAGUUUGUGAAAAAAGAUAUAUUCAUAUGAUAAUGUUCAAAACACAACUUAAGUCUUUUAGUUCGAGUUGCCAGUGUCAUUACCCUGUUGUAAUUAAUUUUACACCUGAUAUAUGUUCCAAGAUGAUUUUAUCCUGUCUGGUUAUCAUAAUUAGGUCUAAUAUCAGAAAAAAGGAAAUGGGUUAUCUUUUUCUGUUAUUUAUUUUAAAAAUUUUCAAGACUUUUGUUAUUGUGGUUUGCCAGGUGAUCAGUAAUUAUUUAGUUGAAUAAAGUGACAAAAAUGUGCAAAUUUAUUCUGAGUUGUUGUAAAUUAUUUAAAAUAUUGUAUUUGGAAAAUAUGAGAUUCAUUGCCUUGUAACUAGUCAUUGUGCUCUGCAUUUAAAACUUUUCAUGAAUAACACAAAAAAAAAGCUUACAGGAUUUUUUAUCUUUUUACACAUGAAAAGGUCUCUGUGUUAGCUAGUGAAAUAUUAAUAAGCUGAAGUAGAUUUUGGUUGUAAAUAUGUUUUUUCAGAUACUUUCCUCAUCCCAGUGUGUAAAAACUAUCAGUUUUGAUUCUGAAAUCUUAAACUUAGAGCACAGUUAAUGGUUUUUAACUGUUAAUUUUUUUUUUGAGAUCUAAGAUGAACUCUUUAAGAAAGAAUAAAGGCAGUAUUUUGUUUUAAUGUCCCUGCAAUGCAGUGUGGGUGCUAUUACAGUGACAUAUGUACAUGCAACCUUUUCAGUAAUAAGUCUUGAACGAAAAGACAGGUGAAGAAAGAACUGUGGUAAUUUAAUGAGUAAAAGAGCUUGCACUAGCUUUGACAGCACUAGCUGUUGCUGGCUUUCUGUGAAAAAUCUCCAGGUGUUGUUUACUUGUUCGUCAGUUUGCUUUGAAAAUGAGGCAGCUGCCUACUGCUUUCUAAAAGUUCAGCAUUGGAUAGUGAUCAAGACAGCACUGGUUCAAAUCUUGUUCAGAAUUCAGAAUUUUUCUUUUUUCCCAUACUUGUGGAGUAUUGUUUGUGGAAUCUAGAUGGGUGGUGUUGCAUCCUUUUUUCAUGACUUAUUCCUUAGCUUAGAAUUUUAAAUUUAUUUGCAAGAGAUCUGCAUAUUAUAAAAUAAGUAUGUGAUUAUAUGAUUAUAUGUAUGCAUUAUAAUGACCAAGUGUGAGAUCAAGAUGGCUGGAUGUUGGCGGAGUUCCUUGUUUGCAUUUUUCUGGACUGAGAUGAAGCUGAGUUCCAUAAUAAUAAAAAAAUAAAAUGAGGCUAAUAUCCAGCCAUGUCUACCAAACAAGCUUGUUCAAGAAAGGAUUUAUUAUGUUGCAAAAAUAUUUUGCUUUAUCAUAAAGCAAGAAUGAUUUUUGUAUUUUGAGAGAUGAGAAAGAAAGCCAUAUUUCUUUGUUUGCAGCACAAUAAAACCACAAGAAUUGUUUAUACUUUCUUUUGUUUUGACUGUCUUCUGCUGCUUUUUGUGUCUCAGUUACUGACUUUUUCCAAAAAUUAUGAAUUAUGUUAGUUUGCUUCAGGCAAUGUUUUUCUUUCACGGGAUCAAAGCAGGCAAUCCCGAGUGAGCAUUAUACUGUAAUAAUUACAUACUGCCUCUACAAUUUUGUGCCACUGCAUUUUGCUUGCUAUGGUGUCCGAAGGUGAAUUGUUACCAGUAAUCAAAACAUAUCUUUUUCUUGAACACAAUUCAGUUGAAUUUGCUGUCAAAAAAAUAUGUUGAUUUGCCAUUGAGUAGGCUUUUUUUCUGCUAAUCUUUAAAUACAUGGAGCAGGAUUUAAGAGAAUAUUUAGCCUGUCAGUAAAAAAUGCAAGGAAACCAAGAAGUGUUGUAGUCAGGAAUGACCAAAAUGUAAUUUCUCCUUCCAAAAUCAAUACAGUAUCAAUCAAACUUGGUGAUGAGAAUUCAGGAUAGAUAUCACCAACAGGAUGAUCAUUUGAUCCAAUAUCAAAUUCUCCAAAUUAACAUUCUAGGAAAUAUAGUGGAAUUCAUGCCACUGUGGAAAGGCCAUUGUGAUUUGUUUUUGUGAAGCAAUCUAGAUCUACCCUCAUAAUACCUCUCCAAGGAGCAUGAUAAACUAUAAGUGACCAAGACAGAAUUUCUCCCUACACUAUCAAGCAGACAAGUGAUGGGAAUAAAGAAGAAUAUCAACCAGGGGAUUAUUAGUUAAUCCAAUACCAAAUUCCCUGGAUUAACCCUUUAAAUCCCACAUUAGUGACCAAGACAGAAUUUCUCCUUAGAGUAUCAAUACAUUAUCAAGCAAGCAGUUAAUGAGAAUAAAGAAGAAUAUCAAUUAGGGGACUAUUGGCAGUGUUCUCCUUUUCAGGCAGUAACCGGUAACAUUUACUGCCAGUAGUACCUCUUAUUACCACUUAAAAUUGCUUGGAAUUCUUGAAAACUCAACAAGUAUUGCUUUAUCGCUUUGAAAAUUUAUUUUACCUGUCAUGCUUGAAAUAAGGGAGAACACUGUAUUUGUUGAUCUAACACAAAAUUCUUAGAACUAACAUCAUAAGAAUUGUAUGGUAGACAGUAAGGGGAAUUGCUUAUAAGAUCUUGGGAGUGAAAGGGUUACCUUCAUGCAAAUUGUAUGGCUGAAAGUAAGGAGGGUUACUAAUGAGGUCUUCAGAGUGAAAAGGUCAAUGUUUGACUGCAAAGUGUGAAUGAAACAUAACAACCCUGCGAUGGACUUAAAUGUCCAUCCUGUUGUAGCCAACCUUAAAAAAACAUGGUCAACAGCAAAUGUUUAAAUUUAUUUCAGAUCAAGACAGGUGUUUUACUUCUUUGUCUUUUAAGAUACCCUCUUGCUGGCACUUAAGAAACAAAUAGUCCACGAAAACACAACCCAUUAGUGCUUUUGGAAAACGCUGUGAUUUUAUAUAAAAUUAUAUGAUGAUCGCUUUUGGCAUUCAAAGGGUUAAUCAGUGUUCAUAUAUACCACACAGGUUAAUAGAGCUUUUUGCACACACUGAUUGGCUAGUUUGGAAGUGAAUAGAAGAGUACUAUUCACCUCUGAGAAGCAACUUAAACAAAAUAAUGCGUCAACAGUUUCAUUUCAGACCAUGUUUUGGUAUAUUGAAAGAAAUAAACUAAUUUUUUUGUAUCUGUGUGGUAUAGACUACAACAGUUAUUCACCUCACAAUCUGUGUCAUUAAAAGUGGUGAAUAUUAACCUCGCAGCUCAGUAAAUGUCCACCACCAUUCACCUCCACUUUGGUGAAUAAUUGUCAAUUAGUAUAGGUAAUAAGAUCUCAAGUGCAAUUUGGUGUUAAUGAGCAGGAAUAAAUUUUUUCAAAGACAGCAAAAUUGCAUGAGCCUGUAGGGUAAGUGGAAUUUGCAGUCUUUGAAAAAUUUACUAGCGCUUAUUACACAAAAUUGCAAGAGAAAUCAUGUUAUUACUUGUUAAUCAUAUUCAUGAAAAAACAUUACUGAGAGUCCAGACAAUGGAAAUUUUGAAAGCAUAUGCAGGCUAUUUGUAAUUUGCUCUCAUGUUACACAAGAAUGCACUUGUUUUCAGCCAAUCUGAAGCACAUGAUUUUUUUCCUGUACAUUAUUAUUGCCCUUGUUUAUAACAAUGCUAGCUAAUUCCCGUAAUUUGUACAUUGCAGUUCAAUUCAUCUUUGCUGUAUUUUUCUGUCUUGCCAUUCUUACAUUCUGCAGUUUCCUGCAAGGGCGAUUAUGUGUCUUGCACAAUAAAAGAGAGUCAGAAUACUCUAGUUUGACACAUCUGCACACUAGAUCCUGCUGUUGCCUCCUCUGCUGUCAAGUGGAGGGAAAUCAGGUUGUGUGUUAUUGAGAAAGUUUUGAAAUUGUAAUUGCUAUCAUACCAAGAGUAUCAAGGGAUUAAAUUUCUUUAAACCUUGGUCAGAUUAUGUGAAAUUAUUUCCAAAGUCUUUAAGGGUUUAGGAUUAGGAUGGUACAAAUUUGGUUUUAAAAAUGUGCAUUUUUCUGAGGGACACAACAGUCAUGUUUAUCAUGUAAACAGAAAAAAUUGCACUGUAGCUAUAGACAUAGGCAGGCUUUAAAUUAGCUCAAGGUAGAUGUAGUUAGUACUAAUGAAUUGUCAUGUUAAACUAUUAGGUUAUGCCACUGACAACAGUUAUUUCUCAAUUGAUUAACAAGUAGGGUUUGGAUUUGUUUCCAUCCGCUUUUAACGUUUCUGCUUAGUACAGGAAUUUUGCAAACAGUAAGCAAGACUGACAGGUUGUCAGAAGUAAAGAAUUUGAAUUUUUUAUUUACUACAUCAAACAAAACAAAUCAAAGCAAUCUUGGGGUGGGAUUUACUUGAGGUACUUGAAAAAAAAGUUACCUCACGCAUAGUUUUUGGUGCAUUGUUCAUGUUCUGUCUCUCAGGAGUGAUCAUCUUGUUACUUUUCCUUCCAAUAUCAAUAUAUUAUACACAAAAAAGGUAACAAAAAUAGGCAACUUCAUCAGCUGGAGUGUGUUAUCCUCAAAUGCCUAGAGAUUCUCCUUAACAUUUUCACAACCAAACCUUUCACAGCCAAAAGGGAGAAUUGCUUAUCAGAUCUUGAGGGUUAAUUUGAACAGUAAAAGAACUGGCUAACUUUGUACACUAGAUUGGAGAUCCCAAGUGAUAUUGCAGUCACAGUGAUUUCAGUUUAUAAACCAUACCCUAAGAGGUGGGCUUAUCACAGUUUAGGAAAUGUCAGGGGUGAAUUUUAUGUUACUUUAUGCUGGCACAAGCCUUCUCCUGGGAAUGUGGCUGAAGUUCAGGGUAUGGUAUGCCCUGGUGAAUGAGGAAGAGAGCUUGUUAUAAAUUGUGGAUUAAGUACCUUGCUGGUGCAAGGGAAGGCAUAUAGGAGUUUAGAUAUUCUCAUUACCUGCUUGCAAGAUAAUAUAUUGAUAUUAUAGUGAGAAGUUACAUGUUAAUCUCUUCUGGGAGUUAAAGGGUUAAGAGUAGUCAGUCUUAAAGAAAACAGGAAGCUGUCUUUUUUAUUUCAUUUGUCUGAACAAAAAAAACAACAACGCAACUUAAAUGAUUCUAUUUCUGGAUUUGUGUUUGUCCCACAGACUUUUUGUUAAUCCCAGCUUUGGUGAAAAAGUAAUUCCGGUAAUUUGCCAAAAUAGGCUCUCGUUUGUUUUCACAAGCACAGGAUGAAGUUUGGACCUACUUCUUAAUCCUUCAACUCCCAGACCAAAUUUGUAAUUCUCCCUACUGUGAACUAUACAACUCUCAUGAUGUUAGUUACGAGAAUUUAGUAUUGGAUCAACUAAUUAUCCCCAAAUUGAUAGUUUUCUUUAUUCUCAUCACUUGUCUGGUUGAUAAUGUAUUGAUAAUGUAAGGAGAAAUUCUGUCUUGGUCACUCAAGGGAGUUAAAGGGUUAAGUUUUGACCUCUUCUCACCUCAUGUUAAACAAAGCAGAUUUUGUGAAGGGCAGAUUCCAUUUUGUCUAAUCCAGUUCUAAUGGCAUAAAGAGUGAUUAUUUAAUUUUGUCAGAGUGCAAUGUUUAUAUAACAAUCUUUGUUUGCAUUUAACUGAUUCAAAAUACAUUCCUAUGUUGAGAUGUUUCUUUUUAGUGCAAUUUCUACACAGAUCGUGCAGAAAUGUGGGAAAAAUCAACUGUUUUAAUGACCUCUUAAUUUUUUUUUGCAAGGUCUGCUAACACUGCAGUACUGUUUUAUUCAUUUGAUAUGUAUCGAGAGCUCAUCUAAAGGUUCUUUGAAGUUAUGUAAUCCAACAUGAAUCUAUAUGAAUUAACUCCAAUGCACAUGUAUAUGUUUGGGCUUUGGAUUUUGCUGGUAAUUGAAAGAUAUGACAUGUGAAUUUAGAGAGUCUUACUCCAACUUAAUUAUAUUUGCCAACUUAUUUCUAGUUGAAAUGGUGUUGUGUUCAUUCAUAGAAAACUACUUGUUGAUAAUGUUAAAUAGGCUCUUGAUUACAUAACAAUUUGGGUCAAAAUGACUUUGUAAUCAUUUUCCAAUUUGAAUGUGUUUUUUUUUAAUUUCAUCAGAAUUAAGCUUCUGAUUGUCUGCUGCAAAGGGAAUGUGAAUUUUUUUGCAGUUUGUUUUGAUUUGCUUUGUUUUACGCAUGGUUUGUCUUGAUCAGAACAAGCAAAGAAAGUGCUUUUUUGUACGUGAGAUUAAAAGUAAUUUGGUACCUUUUGUUAUUUUAAUUUAAGUCCCAGGGGAUCCAAAACUACUCUCAAAACAAGAGGAGCAAUGAUUAGACUCAUCUUUAUGAAUGUUCCAUUUGUUAAUUGAUGGAGCUUUUUACAGGCAACUGUAGAAAUAUUGUCAGCUUGUUUUUCAACUGGAACAAGAUUAAUUGGAUUUGAAAUAAGAACACAUGUAUCUCUAGAUAAGGCAGCAAAUCAGAACAUUACACCACUUCAACAGAACAAGGGCAUGUUUUCUUUUUUUUUUGCUGUAGUAUUUACCAGUUCUUAAUUGGCCGACCCAUUGAUAACUCUAAGGCUUAAAGUCUCUUGAAUGUUUUUCAGUAAUUUGCACUCUGUUGAAUGUAAACAAUUCAUUCUUUUCAGAGGUAAAAUUUACAUACUCCCUUUGCAAUCAACAUCAUGAGAUCUUAAAUAGUCUCUUUGGUUUAAUCAUGAUUUUAGAUGUGUGUUAACUUAAAAUAAUUACUCUUGCCUGUCUAAGCUGCGAUGUAGACAUCCAUGCAUUGAAUAAAAAAAUGUCCUUGGCCCAGAUCAUUGAAAAAAGAACAAAAAAACACUUUCAAAAUUCCAGUCAAAACUCCCAAGUUGCUAUGACACUUGAAGUUAUUAAUAAUACAUGUGAUAGUGGUUGCGUUUCUUUAUGUUACAUGUUGAUUGAUUGUUUCUCAGCAGUUGUAAACCGACAGAGGCAAAUAAAUUUCAAGUAACCACUCAUCUCUCUGUCUUCAAAAUUUUAUUGGAAAUUCUAAAUUUUGCUUGUUGAAUAUUACCAGCAUGAAAAAGCAAGUAGAUGGGUUAAGAUUUAUUUUUCAAUACACUCUUUUUUAUCAGCCAUUGAUGGAUUAAUUUUAAUAUUGUUAGAAUUUUUUAUUGGUUAGUGAAAAUAUUGUUCAUGAAUUUGGUAGGUUCUAGACAAAAACUGACCUGUGAAAUAUUUUUGACAUUGUAAUAAUAAUAAUAAUAAUUUUGGUUAAUUUAUGCAAGACUCUGCGUUUGGACUUCAAACACAGCUGGCAUUAUUUAAAACAAUGGGGCAUUACCAUAUAUGGAUUGGUCUGUAGUUUCUACUCAAUAUAUUAUCUUCAAAGCAAAAUAUUCAAGCAAAAAAAUUGAUGCAGAAUGAGUAUUACAGGGUUUUCCUCGACUUCAUCCUUUCUAGGACUGUAACUGGGCAUUUUUAAAGCAAAAUGUUCAAUGGAAAUUUUCAAAAAACCGAAAAUGGGCACGGAAAUGGUCUUAAACACCUGGUCAAAUGCUAAUAGAAAACAGAAAGAUGGGAGCUGUUGGUUCAAAGAAACAAUCCUCAACAUGGUAUUUAUGAGUUUUAAUCUGCUUUCUUGCUUCUGUUCCCCUGCUAUGUGAUUAUUCUGCAUUUAGAGAUGGUAUUUUUUCUGUAACAAGUGCUUGUUAGCCCAGAAACAGUCUAGCUAACUCACAGAAAUCUGCUCAAAUCCUCAACGAAUGGCGUGUGUUUAGAUUGUUAUUCCUUACAAAACAUGGCUGACAGUUGAGUGAAAAUUAUGUUGCUGUCAUUUGAUUGAUACAAGUUUAAAAAGCUGGAAGGAUUUCCUAAAAAAAAUGUAUCACAAUAUUGUUAUUUUUAUCAUGAAAUCAAAGUAUUUUGAGGAAGAACGUUUCUUGAGAAAUAGGUUGAUGUGUAAUUAUAACAGUUAAAUUGGAUGUGUUCUGAGUUUAUGGUAAUGGCUUUUACCUUUUGAUAUGAAGUUAGAUAUCUAGCCUGAAAUCAAGAUAAAAAUGUACUAGUACUAGUAAAUAGAAUAUUAUGCUGGGAAAUUCAGUGUACUAUAUUUCAUUUUUCAAUGUCUUGUGUGAAAUAUAGCCAACAUGGACUUUUCAUGUUACAAAUGCCCAACAUCUACAUAAUUAUGUAAACUAUAUAAAACCUUGAGUCAUCUGUAUCUACAUGGAGGUAAAAAUAUGCCUCCUUUGUUCAAAAUUGUACAUCUGUCAGGAUUAUUUUGCUAUAUUUUCACAUAGUGUAAGCAGCCUGUCUUAUGAUCUUCAAAUGAUUCACCUCAAUGAACACAGUGACAUAUGUUAAACACAACAGUACCGUAAAGGUUUCUGUUGUCUUUUGCUGAGAUCAUUUGCAUUUUAGCAAGACAUUUAUGUUUGCCAGUGCCUAGCUUGCUACUAAUGAAAGUUCUCUGUCUGAGGUAAAUGUGCAUGUGUUCUACUGUAUUUCAUAUUUUUAAUCUAAUUUGAUUUGGCACACUACACAAUUUCUAGUACUUCACUUGCUGUAAAUGAACAUUCACAGUGUUAUUGACAGAUUCUCCAGAGCUCUAUCCUUAUUGUCUGAAAUUUAACACUCAAACAUGAAUGCUAUUUCAAAUGGAAGAUUGAGAAUUUUUGGAAUGUUUUGACAAUGCCAGUCAUUUUGCUCAGAAAUAACAUACAUUAACUACAUGUUUUCACGUUGUGCACUAAAUAUAACUCUCCAUUUGUAUUUCAAAUAUCUUUUUCUCGGUCUUUAGAGUUUUAGAAAUCAAGUUGUAAAAUCAGCAUUGCAGUUAUAUGAAUGAAAACACUUGCACUUGUUUAUUAGUCUUUGCCCACAGUGUGAGCUAAUUUAUCACAUGUUGUAGAAGUGGAUUCAAGGUAUCUUCCAUUCCUUACUGUUGAGAAUGAACAUAUGUUGUAAUCCUUUGAGAAUUUUUCAAUAAUUUUGUCAUAAAUCACACUUAAAGUAAGUCAUAUUCAUACACUUCUGGAAAAUUUUUUUUUCAUUGGUGUAUGGUCAGAUAAGACAGCAAAUAUUGUAACAGUAGCUAGUAGAGACUAAGAUAAAUUCAAGUGAAGACUAAUCAUUUUUUCAGAUACUUCACAUGAAAUUUUUUUUUUAUUUCUUAAAUCAGCACCUAAACUCACUGAUCUUGUGGUAUACAACUAUAUUUCACACCUUUUCCAUUGAAUAUCUCCUUUUGAACUGUUGGGGUAGGUUUUGAUUCAAGUUGAUUGGUGAGUUUUUGAUAAUUUAUGUACAAUCAACCCGAAGAAAUCUUUAUGUGUUAAUAAUACACCUACAGAAAACAUUGUAAUUGCACUUCUAACUGUCAACUGAUGAAUGCAAUAGAUUUUUUGUUCUUCUUCCUGUUUUUGUGACUUCUCUUAACCUUGGGUUUUCUCAAGCAGAAACAACAGAGUUGAUAAAACUGCUUUUGAUUGAUUUGUAAAGACAAGGCACCAGAAGAGGGGUUAUAUUAACAGUGUAUAUUACUAGGCUUGCUUAACAUAGUCAGAUAAAAUUUAAAUUGUAAAAAUUUUUGUAAAAGUAGGCCAUAUGCAUGAAGCAAAUUUCAGCCUUUUACCAAAAGGGAAUUUAUUUUCACUGAUUUUAGCAGGGCAUAAAAUCACAAAUAUGAUUGGAAAGAUAACAUAGACAAGUGUUUUUUAAUUUUUUUUUCUUAAAGCACUGUGUAGAAUAUUUUUAACCCUUAAAGGCUCUGUAUAUCUUUUCAAAAUAGAUUUUUAUAAAUGAAUUCACUCUUACAUUAUCAUUACAUUUUCCGGUUUGAAGUUGAUUAGGAGAUUGAGAAACAAAAAUCUACACAGGAUUGUUCAAUGACAAAAAGUUUUUAGAGCUAAAACUAUGAUGGUUUUUAUGGCAGACAGUGCAGAGCGAUGAUGUUUAAAUCUUUAGACGGAAAGUGUAAAUAGAAUGUGCAGUGUAGGAGACGUUUUUCAUAUUACAGUAGCCAUGAAUGUAAUUCUCAUGAAAUGAAUGUAACUUAGCCAACUUCAUCACAGUGUGUAUCCGGCACACUUUUUGUUAAGGAGAGCGUAAAAUAAAGCUAGGUCAGAUGAAAAAAAAACCUUUGGUAGGAAUAAACCAGAAGGGUCAAGGAGUGUUAAGGAUUAACACAGAUUACAAUAUAAAGUGAGUAUGGAAAUAUCUUGGCAUAAAUGUAAUUAUUUAUUAUGCUAUGACUCACAGGUUGCUUUUUCAACCUAGUCUGAUGGAGAGAUGCUUGUAAAUUCAGUGCUUUGUAGACUGGACUAUCUCGUACAGUAUAUGGAAGUAAUCCACACUGAGGAAGUUAACCUUUUGGUGGGAAGUUUAGGCGAUAAUUGGUCUUUUAAAUGUAACGUACAUAUAAUGUUUACUCAGAGGACAGACUACAUGACACAUCUGUCGCAUUUGAAUGAUUUACUCCAGAUACUUUAUUUUAUUUAAGAUAAAUUGAAAUUCCUUGUGGUUUGCUGUCAAUUCUAUUCAGCAUUGCAGAGAAAUCUGAUUGAUACAUAAAAGACAAGACCAUUCUCGAUUUUUUAAUAUUUUAUUUACUAUUGGUAGUAUUUUGGCUGGAAAGAAUUUUAAUGCAGCCUCUUUGAUAAUUGAAAUCAGAAAUUUCAAUUUAAAAAAUUACACCCAAAUUUUUCAGUUUUUUUUUUUUUUUUUUUUUUUUUUUUUUUGCAAUGAUUAAUUCACUCAUCAGUACACCCCCAUCUUUCAAGGGAAAUACAAAAAUGUUUUCUGCUCUUUGGUCCAUCUGCACAUACUGUGGAUGAACUUUAAUGGGUACCUUAUUAAGGUGUUCUUUUUUUUCCUCUCCUUGUAAAAUGAAACAAAAAUACACCAUGGGAAGUAGGAAGUUUUAUACAAGUGUCUGCGGUUGUCAUAAACUGGGAAAUAAAUGUUUAUCCCACUACUUUCAAGUGGUUGUUACUUUAAAGAAAUGCUCUUUUUUCAGGAAGAGUUUACAUUAUUUACUUUAGAGCUUUCCAUUGGAAUAGAAUGUAGCUGGCCAAAACUGCUGGCUAGUUCCCCAUCUUUAGUGGGCUUCUUUCACCUCAUUUUAUUUGUACAGUAACCAUAAUUGUUGAUAAAAAGUUAUAUGUAUAUGUAUAUACUGUUACCAAAAUACCAUGGAAGAAGUCCAGCCAUUUUUCAGCAUUGAGUAGAAUACUUUACCAGCAACACAUGGAACUGAUAGGAAAUUUUAUAUAUCUCCAGUAGUUGACCUCUAUAGCAUGAAAUCUAGCAAAACAACUUAUUUUUCCUAAUAACAUGGCUGCUUAUUAUUUCCCUCUACUUUCAAACUCAUCAGCAUGGAUGUCCUUUUAGUUAAUCUCAAUUUAGUUGAAGAUUAUAGCUUGCAUUGGGAUUGUGAUCUUUUUCUCUACUGAAUGCUUAACUCUACUAGGCCAUAUAAUUACCAACAUGAAUAAGAAAGCAUCUUGACUUUUACUGCAACAAUGUACCAGUGUAAUUUAAAGGACUUGCACAGCCUGAAAUUAAGCAGCCAUUUACAGAUAUAUUGCCAGCCUUUCCUAUAUCCCCUAGUUAUUGGGAAAUAAUACAUGUGUGUUUGUUAUCUUUCUUCCCUAACUAUAAGAUUGCAUGUUGCCAUCAAAUUUGGUCACAAAGGUAUUUCUUAGUGAAAUAAGUUAUCAGUUUGGUUGUGUGAUAAUUCAUUUAUAGUAACACCAAAACUGCACCAACCAACAUUCAAAGCUUUGGAUGCAUUCACUCUUCCAGUCUAAAACAUUACUUUGUUACCCUUUAUGCCAUGACAUUGAUCAGUAUACUGUUCUCAAUACAUUUUCUUUGGUACUUAGAAAAGUAAUUUGUUUGACAAUCAAUAUCUUUACUAUUUUGGGAUCAUUUUCUUUAUUCUCUAAACCUAAAUGUGAGAUUCUAGAGCAACAUUAUGGGAGAAGUUGAAUUUGAUCCUUAUUUUUUUUAAUUUUGUUGUUUAUUUGAUUAUUUUGCCAUUUUGUAAUUAUAACACAUCAGUAAAAAUAAAGUAAGUUCAUAAACCUGAAUAUAAUAUAACUGAAAAUUGUGUUGAGGAAACCUGUAGAGAAACCAAGAGGCUAAUGGCUUAUAUACAAAGUGCAAUAUAAGUUAUAUGGCAUAAUUUAGGUACAAAAAUUUAAGGCAUACACACAUAAAGAAAACAAUAACAACAACAUUAUUAGGGACUCAAACAAUCAUAUAGAUAAGCAGUUCAAGAAAAGUUGAAAAAAAAAAAACAAAAAACAAGAAGGGAGUCAACUUAGGAAUAGUGUUGCAACAUUUGUUGACUUAACAGGAAAAGAAAGCCAAUAUUUUGGAUUUCUAUAUUUAGAGAAUUGAAAAAUUUAGGUCUGUGGAAAUCUGAUAGGUCAAAUGAAGAAGUACCCUUUCCUGGAUUAAGCCUCGUUGUUAUGUUGAUUUCCUUGUUGUUAUUGUUUGAUGUCACAUUCUGUGUUGGAAGCAAUUGACUUUGAGAGCUUGAGAAUUCAUAUCAUAUUUUUUUGUUAUGCUGCAGCUUUCCAAGGAAGCGUGAACGGACAAAAUAUUCUUCCCAAGGUGAAGACUCAGUUGAGAGAUCUGAUGGAGACAGACUAACACUCCCAGUUCCCACACGGAGAGGGUCCUUCCUUUAUAAAUCUGACAGCGAGUUUGAGCUAGCAUCCAAAUGUGUAACUUCAAGGCAUCACUCCUUCAGCGAAGGGUUAGUGAACUGCUUGUGACCACUUCUAAUCUUAAAAAACCAAUGUUUGAUGCUUGUAUGAAGGGGAUAAGUUUCUAAAGAAACUGUGGUGCUAUGAAUGAGGGAACCCUAUUACUUGAAACAUCAGCUUAGAAAGUCUUCAUGGUGGCCAAUUUAUAUCAUCAACUCAAAUUACAGUGUUCUCCUUUUCAGGCAGUAACUGGUAACAUUUACCACCUUUUCCGCCUGUUGUACCUCUUAUUACCGUCUAAAAUUGCAUGGAAUUCUUGAAAAUUCAACAUGUAAAAGGAUUGCUUUACCGGUGUGAAAAUUUAUUUUACCUGCCAUGCUUAAAGUAAGAGAGAACACUGAAUUAUCUUGAUACAUGUCUGUUUGGGUGUGACCCAGGAAAGCUGGGAGUCCACAUUCAAACUUUUUGUGAAAAAUCUACAUACAAAAUUAUGUAAAAUGACAAACCUGUUUUGUUUAACAGAUGUUUUUUAGUAAGUCCCCUCACACCAAAAUAAAGAACUCUUAGGUAGAAAUUUGCCUGAGGAGGAGAAAAGCAAAGUGAAGGAGUCAAACCAUGAAAACUUUCUUAGUUGUUUUCAGUUACUGGUACUGUAUAUGUAAUGUCACACAGAUUAGCCCUAACUUGGCAAACUUGAUCCAAGUUUUCUGGCUAAUGCAUGUGAGCAGAUGGAAUGAAGGCCAUUGUAGGCCAUACGACCAGCUGAUUGACAUCUCUACAUGGUGUGCUUUGAUGUCAUUUGUAAUAGUAGAGAGCUACUGUAUGGAUAUUUUAAAAACGUUGAUUGCAUGCAGGGGGCAAAUACAUUCCUCUCUUUUAUGCUGACUGCAAUUAAUGAAUUGAAAAGGCCCAUGUUCAAUAGAAAUCUGCAUCAUUUGAACUUUUGGCUGCCCUGUGUGUCUCAAAUAUUUGUAUAUGUGUGUUUAUAUAUUCCACCAGAAUUACUGAAGUGUAAGACCUACAAAAAAAAUUUCCCAGCUGUACUAACACUUACUGAUAUGACUCCAUUUCUUAGCUUUGCCAAGUUCAGCACUUCCCAAGAAAAUCUAACACUGUAGGCUUCAAUCAACUUGUGUUGUUUUUAUAAUUCAUUUUGUUUCCUAUACUAAUGGUAACUCAUGGUAUUUUUAUAACUGCAUGAAUGGAAAUUUUUCAAUCUUUUCUUGAGAUCUUCAAAAAAAACUUCUAAUCAUCAACAGUAUAUGGAAUUUGAUCAAGCUUUCUUUCAACAAUUAAUGAGAGAAAGAAAACAAUUGGAAUUUGAAGAUUCUGGUUAUGAGAAUUCAGAGUGAAAUGAGUACAGAGUAAAACAAAAGUUUCACUGUUUUAUUGUUAACUGUGGACUUAACAGCACCAUUUUCCAUUGUUUUUUUUAGAACUCGAGUAGAAGAGCUAGUUACUCCUUUUGCACAGGUAAGAAUUUUUUUUCCUUAUUCAAAGGAUAAUGCUAAUAGCAAUGGCUAAGUUCUGUUUCACUUCUUUUCUCACCUAGAUGUGCUUUUGUUGUUCAAAUCUGUAACAUAUCUUUGGGUGCAGUUAUUUAAAUGAAGGUUGACCCUUAUCCAGGAUUCAACCUGUUUCACCCUAACAUCAGUAUGCAUAUUCUCCAUACUGUCCCCAUAUAUUACCUUAAGUGCUGAUAAGGAGAAUUUGUUUAACAAUCAAGACCAUCUUAAGUUGGUGAUCAUUUCCUUAAUUCUCAUGACCUUAAUGUGUGAUUCACAGGUGAUAUUGUAAGGAGAAAUUAGAUGCUGGUCACUCUUAGUGGUCAAAGGGUUGGAGUCAAACUUUUUUGUAUUUUUGAUUUCCUCCAUUUCAACUAGUACAGCAUUUUGAAUAAUUACAAAACGAGAAAGAAAAUGGAGAAGGGUAUAAUUAAAUGCCUUUAAGUUCAAACUACAUUUUUUCAUACAGUAAACCAAAAGUAAUACAAUUAUAAGAGAGGGAAGAGGAAUCACACUUUAAACAACAGAUGUAUAAAUAGUCCAUGAUCAAAGGAAGACAUGAAUUAAUACUGAGAAAAGUAAAACAAAAAAUGCUCUUUUAAAUAGUUUUUUUAGUGGGCUUCUCCCAUUUAGAUAUAGGACUAUCAUUUCAAUUGUAGCAUCCAGUAACUGUUGGACAGAAUCUCCUAAUGUCUAUUCUAAACCCUUUCACUCCUAUGAGUGACCAAGACAGAAUUUCUCCUUACAAUAUCAUUACAAUAUCAACCAGAUAAGUGAUGAGAAUAAAGAAAAAUAUCAAUUUGGGGAUAAUUAGUUGAUCCAAUACUAAAUUCUCUGAAUUAACAUUACAAGAAUUGUAUGGUUGAUAGUAAGGAGAAUGACAAAUUCGAUCUGGGAGUUAGAGGGUCAAGGGGCUCUGGUGCAGGUGCUGCAAAGGUGCACUUCUAGUGGCAUCGUCAUCUUGCUGCAAGGUUGGGCCAAGGGAAGGAAAAGAUAAGGAGGAAAACUCUCAGAGGGUGAAAAAUUGUUUAUCUCAGUCAUGACAAAAUUUGUUUUGGUUAAUGUCUAUAUUGGAACAAUAUUGAUCUUGGCUCAAAAUUGUAUGCCUUUGUCAUGAAGGAAUUAUUGUAACAACGUUAUUUUUAUUACAUUGAAUAUUUACAAGCUAGUUACAUGUUAUUUACAUUUUUUUGCUAUCUUUGUGUCCAUUUCUCUGUAGAUUCUCUCAAGUUUGCGAAAUGUCAGAAACAAUUUCAUGUCACUGACCAAUGCUAAAAAAGAAAAGUAAGUUUUGUAACACUCCAGCAGGACUCAUAGCUUUGUGUACUAUAUACAUGUACCACUGUGACAGGGCAACUUCUCUGUAGGGGUAACUUACAGAAAGCUGGCCAAUCAGAUAACUAGAAAUGAGCAAUGAACUCCCUCUAAAUUCUUUGUCACUUUUGUUUGCGUUUGUUUGUAAAUCGAAUGGUACGCAAGUAAUUAUUUCCUCUCGUUGUUUGCUCCCCAUGGCGCAGUUUUCAAUUGAGUGCUAAAAAGCAAAACCAAAGUAAUCAAAACGGCCAAUCAAAAGGUUGAUUCACAUUAUCAUUAGCCAAUGAGAAUUCUGAGUAACACUAGGAAACUGCAAAAAGCGCGGGAAGAGGCGGAUGACUCAUCACGAUUGGUCAUCCGCGUCUGAUUGGUUGAGAGGAUGGCGCUAGUUUCUGGCUCAAACGCAGAGCGAACUAAAGAAACACGGAAGUUUACUUUCGACACAAAUGGAAGUAUGGUUAAGUUUGUUUGAAUUAUCCUGGAAACAGUGUUAGCACUGAAAGCAAUUUUACAACAAAAAAUUUUCUUUGACAAAGAUCAGUGUGACCGUACUCUACCAAAAAUUUAAUUUGUAUCAUAAUGACUAUUCUAUUUGAAUUUUUGCUUAUGCUGUCCUAUUAAUAAUUGGUUCAAAAUAAUAUCAAUUUUAUUCUUAUAUUAAAGUUCACACGGCAACCAGGUGGACGAUCAGACAUAGUUUGAUGCUACUCUGGUUUGCAGAUUUAAUGAAUGUAAUCGAAGAAGUUAUAAUUCAUAGACCCAACGUUUCGACACUCCUGUCUAGUGCCUUCAUCAGGGGUGAUCUAAACGCUGCAACAAGAGGUCCUUUUAUAUCUAAUUAGCGGCCUUUUUUUAGACGAGGUGUAAACAGGCGUCAGGAAGCAAACCGCCAUCGUCACGAUUUAAAGGAGCGUGGGCGGAGUUAGUAGUUUAUAACAGCAAAACCAGAAAAGUUUUCUCCGUAACUGCCAAAAACUUUUCUCCGUAACUACCAAAAACCAGUUACAAAUAGUAACGCUCUUGAUAAAAGGGAACCAGCGACUGGUUUUGCUGUUAUUCCUUACAUACAGGGUGUUACGGAACCCAUCAAGAGAAUUUUGAAUAGCCACAACGUUAAAGAACGCUAUACAAAAACUUUCUCCGUAACUGCCAAAAACCAGUUACAAAUAGUAACGCUCUUGAUGAAAGGGAACCAGCGAAUGGUUUUGCUGUUAUUCCUUACAUACAGGGUGUUACAGAACCCACCGAGAGAAUUUUGAAUAGCCACAACGUUAAAGUUGCUCAAAAACCUUUUCAGACUUGGGAGCAUAUUUUCGCCAAACCUACGGAUCCUGUCACAUAAGAACAACGAACCGACGUCAUUUAUUCUAAUCCUUGCAAUGACUGUGACAACGAAUACAUCGGACAGACCAAACGUCAGUUUGGUACACGGUUAAAAGAGCACCAAAAAGCGGUUUUCCUUUACAAAAGGAAAAUUCAGCUUUAUCGGAGCACACGUGCCUAACUAACCAUACAAUUGGGUGGGAUAAUUCUAAAAUUAUCACCACUAAUCGGCGUUACCACCAGCGCCUUUGUUUGGAGGCGUGGCAUACUAACUCCGCCAACGCUCCUUUAAAUCGUGACGAUGGCGGUUUGCUUCCUGACGCCUAUUUACACCUCGUGUAAAAAAAAAAGGCUGCUAAUUAUAGUGAUCAUAUGAAAGGACCUCUUGUUGCAGCUUUUAGAUCACCCCUGAUGAAGGCACUAGACAGGAGUGUCGAAACGUUGGGUCUAUGAAUUGUAACUUCUUCGGUUACAUUCAUUAAAUCUGCAAACCAGAGUAGCAUCAAACCAUUUCUAAUUUUAUUCUUGAUUUAAGGAGGAGAGGGUCUGUAGGAUCACACAUUUUACGAAACAACAAUUUAGCCCAAGAUGUGCUGAAUGGCUCAGGAAUGUCUUCAGGUAAUCAAUCAGUCGCUGGGUGUUCAUCUAAUAUGAAGAGUGGCGGUGAAAAGACAGCCAGCUGGCUGAUAGGGAUACGUUUCACGAGAGCGUCUGAAACAUUUUGUCUUCAGGAUAUGACAAGUAGACCGAGCAUGUCGCGGAGUAUUUCUUUUGUCUUUUUAAAGCGAACUUUCGAACAAAAGUCAGUAUAAAGAUGCUUCUCAUGUUUGGUAGCGAAAACAAAUCUAGCAUAUUACGUUCUCGGCAAAUGACGCAAAUGGAAGGUGCGGGUCUUCGCACGAACUUUCAAUGUAACUUCGCGAUUGCAAAACACAAAAUUCGCGCUUUCGUUUGCAUUACUUAGGCACAAUACUGUACAAACGGUUAAGAAUUUAAUUCUUUAAAACUUUCCCGAUAGUUUUGUUUAUAUCUGGCAUUUGCGGCAAUGUUUUGUUCUCUAACCAAAGUUUAAUUGCGUUUUCUCUCUCAAGGUUCUCUUCACUUACCAAGAGAUGAUGGCUAUCAAAAGGUAAUCCUUCUAUCUCCCAAUAUAUGAUUAUUAAUUCUCCCCUUUAGCUGCUACACAUUUCCUUGUUAAUUAGUUACAAGAAUUUGAUGUUAGAUCAAGGAAACAACUUCUACCUGAUAAUUUUAAGUAUUCUCGUUACCUGUUUACUGGUUAAUGUUUGGAUAUUAUAGGGAGAAGUUUCAUGUUAAUUAUUCCUGGGAGUUUAAGUAUUAAUGAAAAUUGAAUAUUAAACUAAUACCCGUUCACACCAAAGCUUAAACAUGUUUAAAAUUUGUUUUGAUAAUAAGACUGGCCGUUCACUCAGCGGGCGCGUUUAACAAAACACGUCUAAAACCGUGUUUAACAAAACUACCUCGCGAGGCAGUUAAACAAAUGUGUUUAAUAAAACAUUCAAAAUGGCGGCAGAAACCAAAACGCACGGAAGAGUUUCAUGUUGUGGCAGUAUGAUGUUGUAACAUUUAACGUCAAUUGCAAUUACACGAACGCGAGACUGAGCAUGAACAUGACGCUGCAUUGUUGUCAGCUCUUGUUGUUCGGUGUGAACGUGUUGAUCAGUUAACCAUUAACAAUUGGUUCAUACGUCAGCGUGCGUUCAUCGAGAUAUGAAGCACGCGGAAAGUUUGAAGAGCCGAGAGCAACUCUAGCUUCUGGAGUGCUCUCGAAACUUCCCAAGUGCAUUUCGACGCACGUAACCAUAUCAACUGAAACUUAUUUUGCUUUACUUCCUCAAACUCAACCCACACACUGUCACUGGGCAUGCGUGAACUUCGACGCCCGUAACUAAAUCAACUGAAACUUUUUUGCUUUUCUUUCAGUUGGCUAAUAAUACCCUGGACGAGCUGGAUUGGGUGCUGUAUCAACUGGAAACACUUCAAACACACACGUCCGUCAGUGAAAUGGCGUCGAAUAAGUUUAAGAGAUUGUUAAAUAGAGAAUUGAAAGACUUUUCCGAAAGCAACCAGUCUGGAAACCAGGUGUCGGCCUGGGUCUAUAACACAUUUACAGGUAACAUGACUGGCAUAUGGAGUUUUUUUCCGUUGACGGAAUGGGGCCACCGCUUUGAGAGGAAGUUGUUUUUGUGGCAUUUUUCCCCCAUGGGUAAGUGGGGAAAGGUAUUUAAUGGCAUUAAAUACCUUUUCCCACUUACCCACCCCAUUGUCUGCCCAUAUGCUUAAAAGAUUUCAAGUUGUAAUGUACGGUAGUUUGUUUUAUUUACAAAACCUUGCCGAUUAUGUUGCGCUCAAUGUUCGCAAGACCUGUAGAAUGCGUGGGUGGUUUCGUCAAGUUUGUAUAGCUCUUUCUUAGUCAAAUGCUUCUAGAAAAGUUCUUACUUCUCUCUUUCCUUCUGCCAUUUAUUUGUAGAUAAGCAGUUAGAAGUGGAUGCCCUGCCUGGUACAAAAUCAAAAAGAGAAGGGAUUCGAGCAAGGUCGCGUUCCAUGGUAAACGGCGUUCGAAAACUUACAAGACUACACAGCUUUAGUGGCUCUGUACCCAGGUAUGUACUGGUAAAUGCUUAAGUGGGAAGUAGACUGGUAGAGAAAUCCUCUUGAGUAGGGUUUGAGCCAGGCCGCGCCAUUGCGCUAAUCCCGCACUGCAAUUGAAAUUGUCCCUUAAAAACGGUCAAGGGGACAAUUUGUCCCCUUCAAAAUUUAGGGAAAAAACUCGAAAGAAAGCACACACGAAGAGUUUUAUCUCGGUACAGAAAUUGCAAGCUAAAACAGAACGUGGAAAGUAUAUUUUCUUGCACGUUUAAAGUUCAUUCCAAAGUCAUGUUUCAGUCACACUUUACUGAACACGUACGUCUCAUGCUCAACCAAGCGUGGUGAACGCACGUGGCAAUCUUUACUACGCUUUUUACAAACAUGCGAACUCAAAAGUUCAAAAGCCGCCUUCACAAUUACGUUUUUCGCUGCCCUCAAUCAUAAUUACGAUCACAAGCAACGAACCUUGAAACACAGAAACACACGAAACGGAUUGAAAUCCACCAAUCACAAAUCACAAACCAUGACCUUUUGAACCCGUGAAAGUAAAGUUUUGUUUCCUAAGAGUUCCGUUAAGAUGAUUGACGGCAGCAAAAAACGCAAUCGUCAGUUGGCUUUUGAACUUCAAAAUUCGCAUAUUUGUGAAAAGCGCAGUAACAUGUCACAUCGAAAACGUGUUCGAACAUUAGAAAGCUUUUUCGCUCGGAAUCGAAGCCAGAGUGAAUCAGAGAAAAAUGAUACAGAAGAAGAACAGUGUAUUAAUCAGGAAGAAACGAAUGAGGAUCGAAGGAAACCGAAAAAAUCACGAACUUUCCUGAAAACUUGGUUGCGAGAUCACACAUGGUUGCGCUAUGAAAAAGAGGCGAUGUUCUGCUAUUUUUGUCGGAAAUCUAAGAAGACAAACCCCUUUGCAACGGCAGAAGGGUGUACAAAUUUUAGAACCUCAACUUUGCAGCAACUCUUUUCUACAGCCCUUGAUGUUUGAGCUAGAACCAACUGAAGAAUUAGUACAUUUACGUUUAAGAAACGGUGAUUAAGAAAGGAAUUGAAGUUUACAAAGCGAUGCCGGGACGAGAUUCUGCUGUGUAAUGUUUUGAAGUAUAAAGCAUAGUCCUCUGUUUAAAUAUGACGAGAAAAAGAAAUUUGACAUCAAUAACAACUUUUCUUUUUUGUAUCACUUUUCUUGUAUUACAAGUCUUACAAGGAUCAGGGAAAAAGAAAUGUUUUUGUCGGCUUGCUGUAUGAAUGUAAAAAAAGAAAAUGUCGAAUAAAAAUUAAUAUGUCUGUCCCCCUAAAAAUGAAAAUGUCCUCCAAAAUUUUUGCUAAGGGGACAAAUUGUCCCCCAGUGAUCAAAUACUAGCUCAAACCCUGCUCUUGAGUGAAACGCUGAUACAGAGACAGCGCAGAUUGUGGAGAAAUUUUCAAUUGUGUCGAAAGUAAUCCUUAAUUACUUUAGUUUUCCUUUACGUCUCUAUUAUUGACUAAUUAACUGACUUACGGACUGUCAGACUGAUUGACUGAGUGACUUACGGACCGUCAGACUGACUGACUGAUUGAGUAAGUGACUCACGGACUGUCAGACUGACUGACUGAUUGACCAAGUGACUUACGAACGGUCAGACUGACUGACUGAUUUACUGAUUGAGUAAGUGACUCACGGAUUGUCAGACUGACUGACUGUUUGACUAAGUGACUUACGGACUGUCAGACUGACUGACUGAUUGACUAAGGGACUUACGGACUGUCAGACUGAUUGACUAAGGGACUUAUGGAUUGUCAGACUGACUGAUUGAUUGACUAAGUGACUUACGGACUGUUAGACUGACUGACUGAUUGACUAAGUGACAUAUGGAUUGUGAGAAUGACUGACUGAUUGAUUAGCUGACUUACGGAGUGUCUGACUGACUGACUGGUGGCUGAAUAACUGGCAGUUGAGUCACUUAACUUACAAAGUGACCACCCGACCGGCUAAUAGACUUACCGACCGACCGACUGCUGAUUACUGGUUGAUCAAAUUGAUUGCUUCCCAUUAAAUCUUUCUCUUGUAGAUUUGGAGUGGAGGUGGCCAAUGAGGGCGAAUUAGCGAAGGUGAGCUUUUGUACAAUAAUCCUGAAUUAAUUUGUAUCGGUGAUACUUUGUGAGGUGCAUUUCGUUUCGUUUCCGUUCAUUCUGUAGUUCUGAUGAUUAAACCGUGAAUGAAAUUAAUUUUUCAUGGUUGAAUAGUUUUUCAUUUCUAACCCAUCUUGUGCUGAUGGCGUGAAAAACGAGGUGACUAAAGGCGUAUGGUCUCUUUAAAAAAAAGUGUGAGAUGCAAAAUUUACAGUCAGUGUAAUGUUUUUUUUUCAUAAGGUCUUAGAAGAAAUCAACAAAUGGACAUUUGAUGUGUUCAAAUUACAUGACCUAACACAGGGGCAUCCUUUGCUUGCUGUUACGUACACAAUCCUGCAGGUUGGUGUUUGUUGAUGUUGUUGCGGUAGUUGUUGUUGUUGUUGUUGUUGUUGCUGUUGCUGUUGUUGUUGUAGUUGUUGUCGCUGUUGUUGCUGUUGUUGCUGUUGUUGUAGUUGUUAUUGUUUUGUGUGAGUAUUCUUUAAUUGAAUGUCGAAAGUAAUCCAGGGUUGUAUUGUUUUUCCUCUACUGCACUUCGUGAUUUGUCUCGAAAUCUCGUGUCAUCCUCUCUGAGCCAGAUGCUGAAGUAAAACCAAUCGCAAAUCCAGUCUGCAGGCACUGCAGGCUCACAGUGACUCUGUGACACGAGCGGCGAAGCUUUCGCGUUUUGAGCCUGCGAACAAUGUGAGUGUGCGUGAGGAACUUGCGAGAGGUCCGCAAGGGUUCGAAACCCACACAGACCUCUCGCUGGCUCGAAACGCGCGGCUUUGAGUGUUAAAAAACUGAUUUCUAACUGGCGUCAGAAAAAAAUCGGUUUGUCCACUGAUAACUUUCAAAUGGGCCGGGCCCUGACCUGGGGAGUAUUUUGCAAUUGUGUUGUCGUCAAAGUCUAAAUAUCUUAAAACACUUGCUGACUUUAAACUUUGAUUCUUUGCAGGCCAGAGAUUUAUUAAAAAUAUUCAAGAUAAAACCCACUACGUUUAUUAACUAUAUGUCGUCAGUCGAGGUAAGACAAAGCGUGAAGAUAGCAUAGUUUUGCAAGCCUAUAAGUCAUUACUACUGAUGCUUACUUUGGUUACAAAACUAGAAACAGUGCUACCCCUCAUUAACGAAAUUCUAGACAACAGUAGCAAUUCGUAAAAUUCCCCUGGCAAUUUUAUGUGUCCCCGUGUAUACACUAAAGUGGACAGAGGCACUGUAAGAGGUGUACCCCUAAAAAGAGAGGGACUGCAGGAGCACAGUGUCCUGCGCAAGAACACAGCUCUUUGACUUAGUCAAGGCUUGAACCCAGACCGCUCGCUCCCGCGGUUACCGCACUAGCCACUGCGUCACGUAUAUAGUUUGAAAUCGGAAAAAAAUUAUUUUAAUUGGAUUGACAUCAUUGUUAAUUAUAACAUAGGUAGUAAAUUUGUGUAAUCAAAUUCAAUUGCGCGAGCCUGCUUCAUAUUCCUAUUGUGCACGCUCAUGACUCAGCAAACAAAUCCCUCGAGAAAAAAAAAUUUCCAUCGGGUUGAAAAUGUUAUAUAACAACUGAUUCAUGCGUCAGCUGUGCGUUCAUCGAGAUAUGAAGCACGUAUGAAGCGCGUAUAAACCAAUUGUUAAUUAGAUUCUGAACACGAAGUUUCGAUUGAUCUAAUAGUUUCAGUGUGAGUCAUUGAGUCGUUCAAAACUUAACAACAGUUUAGGCUUAUUUUUUUUUUUCAUUUUGUCAACAACCACACACUGUUAGAGGACUAACAUCGCCCACUAUCUGUCACGUAAUAAGUAGUGAGUAGCGUGGCCAAUCAGAUGGCAGUAUAUAUGACAGAACGCCAGUUGAAAUAUACUAAAAAGGAGAGUAGUUUGGUGAGCUUUAGGGGAUGUAAAGCAAAUCGAAAAGUUACAAAGAUGGUUGUAGAUGGAGUUUGCUAGGAGCAAUUUGACAUUUUUAAAUUUUGUAUAGCAUUGUGAUUGUGUGUAACAAUUCUAUUUUUCUUUGUAGAAUCAUUAUUUAAAAGAUGUCCCCUUCCAUAACUGCACUCAUGCAGCGGAUGUCACACAAACGUCACACACUCUCCUAUCAGCUCAAGCAUUCGAAGUAAGGGAACAUGUUUUCAUAAAUAAAUCAAUUUAUAGCCAGGAUAUAGAGGACGCAUUGCAAAACAGCUUGCAAAACAGGUAAUUUAGUGUUAACAACGGAGUUGAAAACGUAAGUUUACCACCGUAAAAAGUUUAAAGGCUGACGUUUCGAGCGAAGAGCGACGCUCAAAACGUCAGCCUUUUCAACUCAGUUGUUAACACCUAAUUGCCUGUGAUACUCUCCCUCCGACGCAGCACCACAGUUUCUUUAGAAACUUACCCCCUUUAUUCAGCUUGCAAAACAGCUUACAAAACGAGCCGUCGGCCGCAGCCACAAGCGACGUUUGAUAACAAAUUUGUACAGGAUUUUUCAUGCUGUGGGCAGCUAACACAUCAACCUCUUCCAAGCGUUAAGUUAGUAAAAUAAAGCGCUAUAGUAGCGGAGGAGUUAAAAACUGAGAGAGGCUUAGGUCUGGACGUGACGCGACGCGACGCGACGCGACGCGACGCGACUCAACCUAAAUCCCCCUCGUUUCGCUUUGCUACAAACUGGUUUGCUCCGUUUUACUAAAUGAACGCCUGUAACAGGCUAUUGACGCAUAUCUCUUUUGUUCUCCGCUCUAUUCAGUCCGUCUUUACCGAUCUUGAAGUCCUCGCUGCCAUCUUAGCCAGUGCUGUCCAUGAUGUCGACCACCCAGGAGUCAAUAAUCAUUUCUUAGUGGCAACAAGUAAAUAUAUUUGCAAUUGUUUUCUUUUAUCCAGCCUAGCGAUCUUUUCGUUUUCCUUUUACUUCCAAAUAGAAUGAGGGUGAGCAGAGCGAACUAUUCCUUUGCUCCCUUCUCUCUCCACGUGCCCUUAAUUUUUUACCCUCAGGGUUUCUUAGGAUUCACUUUCAGACAAAAACAAAAACAGCCUCAGUUUUGUUUUGGUGGUUUUUUUUUUCUCUAACUCCCUAUGUUCUUCACACUGAUCCCUAUGCAUUUCCCAUGGUGCUUACAAGGAGAAUUUGUCUAACAAUCAAGAGUUUCUCGAGUUUGCGACCGUUUCGUUCAUUCUCAUGACCUAAAUGUUUGAUUCAGGGGCGAUGCUGUUGGGAGAUAUUAGACGCCUAUCGCUGUUACAGGUUACAGGGUUAAGCUAUGUAUAGACAGGUCCGUGUUGGACCCCAGGAUCUUGGUGGAGAUCAGCGUGUUGUCCUAUUGGGCAAGACUUUCUACUGGCUCUCUUCACCAGGAAGUAUAGCUGGGUCAGACAGCUGUCGGGAAAACCUAGCUUAAACGCUUUGAAUCUAAGAGUGACCGGCAUCUAAUUUCUCCUUACAUUGACAGCCCUGAAUCGCACAUAGAGGUCACGAGAAUAAAGGAAAUGAUCACCAAUUUAAGAAGCUCUCGAUUGUUUAACACUUCUUGUCAGCACCUUGGUAGAUGCACAGAGAACAGUAUGGAGAAUAUGUUUACCCUCUGUCAUUGCGCAUCCCGUUAACGUCAAGUUGUUCUUUUGUGUUUGUUUUUUCUUUUUGUAUGUGAACAGAUUCUGAAAUGGCACUGAUGUAUAAUGACGAAUCUGUUCUUGAAAAUCACCACUUGGCCGUGGCAUUUCAACUUUUACAACACGAAGACUGUGAUAUCUUUGAAAAUCUUACGAAAAAAGAAAGACAAACAGUACGGAGAACAAUUAUCGAAAUGGUAAGAGGAAAAAUUUUCACCAUGAAUUUUUAGUGAUUAAGGAGAUCAAUGUCGGUAUCUGAGAAACUUCCUGCCUGCUCCUACCCCUGUCCCUACCCCUACCCCUACCCCGAAAAUUAGAAGCCAAAAGACUGGAAAAUGAAAUAUAGAGUAGUGGAAUAAGAAAUCCUAAUUCGAUGGUUUAAAAUAUGAUAAACAAAUUGACAUUUUGCUCAUUGCUCAUAUAUUUCCUCGACCUUACGGCGCUAUUCAACUCGCAAAAUAUGCGCAAAAUAUUCACGCGUAUUAUAUGUAAAACCACUGAAUGUGAAUGAAGUGUCGGCAAGUUAUCGUUAAAUAUUUCACAGAUGUAUUGGAUGUGAAUGUGUCAUGUUGGUCUGAUUCUGUUAGGUACUCGCGACUGAUAACGCGAAGCACAUGAGUCUACUAGCCUCUCUAAAGACCAUGGUCGAAAGCAAGAAGGUGGCUGGCAGCGGAGUACUGUGUUUAGACAACGCCACUGACAGAAUGCAGGUGAGCCUUACAGCAGACCUCUUCAUAACGCUUUAGCUCCUAAGAGUGACUAGCAUCUAAUUUCUCCUUUCCAUAUCACCACUGAAUCAAACAUUAAGGUCAGGAGAAUAAAGGAAAUGAUCACCAACUAAAGAAGUUCUUAAUUGUUAGACAAACUCUCCUUGUCAGCAACUGAGGGAAUGUUUAGAGAACAGUAUGGAGAAUAUGCAUACUGAUGUUAGGGUGUAAAGGGUUAAUGUACAGAUAAGGACCUCGGGAUACGGAACCUCUUUUGAGGUGACUUCCCCCGGUAGCAAGAACUCUCAGGUAACAAACAACUUGAAAUAGCUAACCCUAUUGGGUUGAGGCCUCCGGUCUCUUGAAAUUUCACGGGGAACAUCUUAGCGUGACAUCCUGAAGAAAAGACUCAUUAGGAAACUAGGGACGGCGGUUUGGAGAUAUCCCAGGGGUAAAUCAACAGUGAUAGUGACUCAGCUUCUCACCUGGGAUGUGAUCUAAGUAGGAGAAUACACUUAAGAUUUUUUCCCCAUCUGAAGUGAACGCCAACUAUUAUUUGUGGAUAUUUGUUCAUGUAGGUUCUCAAGUGCUUGGUACAUUGUGCCGAUCUUAGCAAUCCCGCAAAGCCUCUUCCAAUGUACAGAAAGUGGGUCGACAGAGUAAUGGAAGAAUUCUUCAGACAGGUUUGUGCUGGUUACUCUGUAAAGCUAGGGAUGGCAGGGGAGGAGGCGGGGGGCGGUGUGCCUCCCUUCACUAGGAGGCGGCUGACAUGGCUCACUCUCGCUAAUCAACAGGAAACCAUCUGUUGAAAGCGUUUUAAUCGUCAACUUGUUUAUUCAUUCGGUCCCUCUUCAGCCCUAACUCCGUCUGUUUAUGUUUAUUUUCUCUCUCAUUGUUUACAUUUAUGCUUGCCUAUUGAUCUUCUACUCUUCCAACUUUCCAUCCACUCUUUUAUUCUUCGUCUUCUACCUCUGAGUUCAUUAUAAGAGCUGAAGCUGUCACAUUUAGCUCACGUAGUGCACCUGUUAGAUUGUACUUUGUAGUUCAGCUCACGAACUGCUGCUUAAUUUUUCUCAGGGUGACAGGGAGCGAGACAUCGAGGGAAUGGAAAUCAGUCCAAUGAUGGACAGACAUAAUGCUUCUAUAGAGAAAUCGCAGGUAGGAUUAUAAUGAACGAGAACAAUAGAGUUUACGUUUGCGGGCGUAAAAAUGUUUUGGGUUCGACACAUAGUAGUUUUAGCCCGAGCUGCCAGGCGAGGGUUAAAAUGAGCCUUAAAGAGGGCCCAAACGUAAUUGUGCCAAAGAAUAUAAACUAUAUUACAAUUAUUAUUACUUUGGAGUGAAUUGAGAACGUAAAAGCUGUCGAAAAUGACAACAAAGCAGUCUGAAAAAUCACGCGAGCGUGCAAGCGGGCUAAAAUACAUUUUAUCCCACCAAAAUCUGCGUUUUAGCCUGCAAAAUGCGCCACAAUUCCCGACACAGUGAUAAUAACUAAGGCAUACAUCCCUCCGGCUGCCAGUCUACGUUAUCAACUCAGCUGAUAAUACUAUAUCACCUCUUCAGCUGUAGUUAUUUCUUGUCACGCAAUUGACUCUUUUACCUUUGCGUGACAUGACCGAAGAACAGUCGAGAAGGAAACCACUGCAGCAAACAGCACUGAAUGAUUAAUGCUCGUCGCAGGUCUGGAAUAGUUUUAUUACAAUGAACUCUUGGGUGAAAUUUGGCGUUGUUUCUUAAGUAAGUUUGUGAACGGCAAAUAAUCAUGAUCUCUACUUCGAUUCGUUACUUUGAUAAAGGUAUUUGUUUUAUAUCCUCUUGCAAUAGGUGGUGUUUAUCGACUUUGUCAUCCAACCGCUAUGGGAGACCUGGGGCGACUUGGUACAUCCUGACGCCAUUGAGAUCUUAGAGCGCAUUGAGGACAAUAGAUACUGGUACAACGCCCAGGUCCCCAAGCACGAACAGGAGAGGAAGCCUGGAGAGCAUAGUUCAUCUGGUAGAGAGAAGCGAGUCAGUUGGCAGGGCACAAGGAAAGAAGCUAUUGACCAAUCAGAACCUGAAACGUCCGGUGAGUCGAUGAUUAGUACGCAGCGCAGGAGAAAAGGCUUGACUUGUGUUUAUCGUCAGAAAAUUAGCGGUCUAUCUUAAGCGUGGGAGAAUACGCCUUAAUUGUCAAGCCGAGAAUAUAUGCAACGACUUUCCAACUCGGGAAAUUAUGCAAUCAGUGCGAAGAGAUGUAGUUAGUGACAAGCGCCAAAGUAGGCAAACAUUGUCGAGCGUGGGAAAAUAUGCACGCUGUGUCAGGCGCGGGAAAUGAUGCGAACAGUACCGAGCGCGAUAGGAAAUGGAGCCAGUGACAAGCGCGAAAGUAAGCAACUAAUGUCAAGCGCGGGAAAAUACGUAGCUUGUGUCAAGCGCGGGAAAUGAUGCGACCAGUACCGAGCCCGAUAGGGAAUGGAGCCAGUGACAAGUGCGAAAGGAGGCAACCAGUGUCGAGCGCGGGAAAGAUUGGUAGCCUUUGUCAAACACAGGAAAUUUGGCAGUCAUUCCUAAGCGCGGAAAAAUUUGUAUCCAGUGUCAACAGCGAGAGGGACUGCACUGUGUCGGUGACUUGCACGGGAAAACAAGAAAUUCUUGUCAAACGCGGGAAAUUCUGCUGCCAGCAUAUAGCGCGGGGCACUUUGCAGUCAAUGUCAAGGUCAAUAGCUUUAAGAUUUGUACUUUGAGAGUGAAAUAACGUUUCGACUAACGUUGAUUGUUUGUUUUUAUUGAUACAGAUGAUGACUGCGAGAAAAGAUUGCAGAGGCUAAGAGAAGUGGUAGCUGGAAAAACUCCUGACCUGACUAAAUAUGUGAGUAGCAGCCGUAGUUGUGAAGCGGAUGAUGAAUUUGACGAUGACGAAGAGAAAGGCGAAGGAAAAGAUACAGACCAGGUGGAUGAAGAGAGAGAAGACGAAGACGAGGAACACGAAGAACACGAAGAACAAGAUAGCCAAAAAGAAGGAGAUUAG